CAAACAAACUAAUCCACAACUGGGUCACACCCCCACAUCCUGUCACGUUCCUUUACGUAACGCUCUUCUUUCAAACAACAAUGGACACGAAACUGAAAGCAUUAAAGGUUCAAGAACUAAAAGAAAUCCUUUCAAAAGCUUCCAUACCUCCAGGAAAUGCAAAAAAGCAGGACCUCAUCAAUAAAAUCCUAGCAAACCCCUCUGCUAUAGAUGUCUUUCACACUCUUCAUCCACCGAAGAACUCUAAACCAGUACCACCACCUGAUCAUGAUGACCUCCUCGCUCCUCCAGAAGAAGUAGACUGGACCGUCGAAGUGUCUAUUCCAGUAGAAGAUGCAUCUCCUCCAAAGAAAUCUGAACAGCCCCUUCCAUCACCUGCACCAGCCGCCCCAGCUCCACCUACACCCCUGGUGUCAGAAGAGGAUAAGCGCAAAGCUCGUGCAGCUCGGUUUGGUACAACUUAUGUUGAACCCACCCAGCAACAAACCAAAAAGGCUGCUGGCGAGAAUCCCGACAAACUCAAGGCCCGAGCAGAGCGCUUUGGGACUGUUUCAGUCACGAAAGCUAGAGGAAAGCGUGCAGCGCCUGUCGAAAAUGUUGACCCUGAGGAGCAAGAGCGUAGGAGGAAACGUGCAGAACGCUUUGGCUUGCCACUAUCCGGCAAGGCGUAAGUGUUAUUGGACUUUUUGUUCUUGAACAGCUUCUAUUUAUUCACACUGUUGUUGUUCAUGUAUAUAAGCGCAUGUCUUUUUGGAGUGUAUCAUAUAGACGCU